AUGGAUCAUUCAUACUGCAUUAUUGUUUUAUUCCUAAUAUCACCAUUAAACUGUCACGAAGAGAAUACGACAGAUAUCUUCGACAUAAGAGACGACUAUAAUAUGUCAAAAAAAUAUGUCGCAAUUAUAUCAUUUUCUCUACUUCUGCUGUACGGUAUUGUUGGUAAUAUAUUGUUGGCGGCAUUAUUCUGUAGCCGCGACAAUUUGUACAGUCGUCCAUUCAUCUUUAUCGCAUUCCAAAUUAUUAUUUGCAGCUUUUUGAAUUUUUUUUCACAAAUAAUCGUUGUAAUACCUGGAAUAUUAGAGAGCGAAAAAUCUGAUUCGUACAUGUCAGUAUUAAUCCAGAGAAUAUUUGCUUCUAUGAAUACACUUUCGUUUUUUGGUCUAUUGAAUUUUACAUUUCUAUUAGCGGUUAAUCGCUUUGUGGCCAUAUCUUCACCGAAAUACAAUGAUUUCUUCGAAUCAAUAAAGUUCUAUUUUCUUGCCAUCUCCGUGUGGAUUUCACUUCUCGGGUUUUCUGUACUUGAAUUUAAUUACUGCAUUAAAACUUUCAAUAUUCCGAAUUUGCAAUGGUACUUGAAUUGUAGCAAAAACACUUCAGAAACCGCUAAACUGCUUAAGACGAUCCGGUAUCUGUGGACGCUAGGACUACCCAUAGCGAUGUUUGCAAUAUACGUUGCGAUAUUCCGCAGCAUCCGGCGCAAACGGAAAAACGUUUUGGAGUUGUGCAAAGCAAGCGGAUGUAAGGCAACGAUAACGUCUAAAUAUGAACGGUUGAUGUUAAUUCAUUCAGUAAUCAUUUGUGCAGCACUUGAAAUUGAGAUUAUCUGUUUCUACUUCUUAUUAAAUAUCGCAGUCAAAUUAGCAGGCAAGGAAGCUGAAAUUCCCGUCAAUAUUUUCAUCAAUUGCUACGUGAUUUUCAACGGUGCAGUGUUGCCCACCGCCAAUUUAAUUUUCGUUAAACGAUUCCGUAAUAGAAUAAAUCAAGCAGCUGUUGAAUUCUUAUCCAAAAUUACGAACAAGAAAAGAACGGAUACCACUCCAGCUACAGUAGCGCGUAGCUAG